CAUUUCCUGAGUUCAAUUUCAAGUGACUACGAAAAUGUCCGUGAUUUUGGAUGUGCCGAAUCCUCACAAGAGCGGUUCAAUUUUCCGACUUCCGCCCUUUCGGUUUUUCGGUGCAGGACCCACAAAUUGUUCACCAAGUGUACUAUACACUCAAACAUUUCAACCAAUGACUGCCUUCAGCAGAAAUUACUUUGAGCUGAACGAGGAUAUUAAAAAGAUGGUAAAGUACGUGUUUCAAACAAACAACCCAAUGACCUUCCUAGGCCAAUUUUCUGGAAAUGGAGGCAACGAAGCCAUGAUAACGAACCUCGCCGAUCCUGGGGAUACCGUUAUUGUGGCUAGUUUAGGAAUUUGGGGAACCAAAGUUGCCGAUAUGGGACGACGAUACGAUCUCAACGUUAUUGAACUGACUCUACCAGCUGGUGAGGUGUACACCUUUGAAGAACUUGAAGAACAAAUUGUUAAACACAAAGCAGUCGCUUUAUUUGUGACACAAGGAGAAUCGUCCGGAGGGGUUUUGCAACCUUUAGAAGGGCUUGCAGAUAUUUGCCAUAAGUACAACUGCCUUCUAUCUGUCGACGCAGUCGUUACCGUAGGAGUAGUUCCAUUGUUGGUGGACAGGUGGAAGUUAGACGCUGUCAAUGGAGGCACCCAGAAAGGUCUUGGAGCACCCCCUGGAAUGGUGUUGCUAUCGUUUAGUCCAAGGGCACAUGAACGCAUGUUAAAAAAGAAACAUCGCACCCCUUAUAUAUUUGACAUGUUAAUACAUGCCGAAGUGUGGAAAUGCUUUGAAACUUCAUUACCAAGUUACAUUUACACAUAUAACACUUCGUUUCUUGCGACUAUCAGACAGGCUUUAGUGGAAGUCUGCGAGGAGGGUCUUGAAAAUGUUUGGCGACGCCAUCAAGAAUGUUCCGAUUUGUUCACAAAAAAAAUUGAAAAACUGGGAAUGCGACAUUUCAUAGAAAAACCAGAAAAUCGGUUUUGCGGAGUCAACUGCGUUACCGUUCCCAAGGAAGUAGACUGGCAAGAGCUCUGCGAUUACCUUUUGACCAAACAUGAAAUAGAAUUGGGUAUGGGCAUAGGACCUACAUUAGAGAAAGCUCUUAGAAUAGGUUUCCUGGCACAAAACGCAAAACCUGAUCUAGUGGAAUUUGUUGUCAGUGCCUUGGAAGAUGGAAUUAAUUACUGCAGAUCGAGAAAGGGCGCGUUUAAUAGCAGUAAUAGUCGAUACGAAUUUUAUUUAACGAAGAAUAAAUAUGAAAAGUAAAGUAAAAUAUGUCAGUAGUAAUUAAUGAAAAUAAAU